AUGCAGGAGAACCUAACUUCCUCAAAUUCUAUGCUUCGCGACCUAGUAGCGAAAAAACGUAAGUCAACUGAGACGGAUUCAAUUUCUAAACGAGCAAAGCGUGGUGCAAGUAAAUCACUUCGCUCCGUCAAUGCUUCAGAGAAAGCACUUACGUCUACUUCAAAAGAAGUAACAGAUAGCGCUUCAGAAGAAGCAAGCGAUUCUGCUUCAGAGGAAGCAAACACGAAGACUCCAGAUGAUGAUACGCUCAGUAUAUUGGGUGAUGACAGCCAACAUGAUUUUUGUUCAGAAGAUGAGGAGGUAAACAAUGAUGACUUAUUGUCCCAAAUUACCACCUCAUUAAGCUCAUCCGACGAUAAAGGACCGCCAGUGUCCGAUAAACCCUCGAAACUUGUUAACGACAAGUUUCAGACUGAAUACACUGUUGAAAAACGUAAAGAGAUACUACAGAAGUACAAAGUACCAAGUAAUUCUAAAGAGUUGUUUGUGUCUAAAGUUAACUCGGAGAUUUGGACCAAACUUCAUGCAAACUCUAAGAGGAAGAGAAUGUUCUUAAAAAAGAUGAUAUUUGCUUUACAAAGCAGACCAACACUAACGAGCCUGGCCUGCCGCUGUGCGGAGGCAACACGAGAAAGAGGCUUUACACACUUUGGGCUGCAGAACUUUGGAGAAUGCUGGAGCGGAUCUGAUGCAGAUAAACAGUAUAAGCGAGAUGGCGAAUCAGACAAAUGUGUCAUGAUUUUCCAACAACCUUUUUCACUGUGCGAUAACUUGAACGACCCCAGGGAAUGUGCGGGAUACCCGAACGUAAACUAUGUCUACAGAAUUGAAAAUGAUGAUGAAUGCUCGAAGAGUCCGUGCAAAAACGGUGGAACUUGUGUCAACACGCCGGACGGUUUCAACUGUAAAUGCACGAAGGGAUUUAAGGGGGCUCUGUGCAAUGAAGAUGUGGAUGAGUGCGCAAACAGCCCGUGUAAAAACCAAGGCACCUGCGUUAACAUGAUGGGUGGAUUCCGUUGUAAGUGUCCUCAAGGAUUCAAAGGCGAUCUCUGUGAUGAAGACAUAGACGAAUGUGUCAGUUCUCCUUGCAAAAAUGGCGGUAGCUGUAUGGACACCUCAGGGGGCUUUACGUGUAUCUGUGUGCAAGGAUUCGAAGGAAAGCUAUGUGAACAAGAUGUGGAUGAAUGUGUAAAGAACCCGUGUAAAAACGAAGGGGCAUGCAUCAAUACCAUUGGAGGUUUCAGUUGUAAAUGCCGACAAGGAUUUAGAGGGGUUCUCUGCGAUGAAGACAUUGACGAAUGUGUUAGUUCUCCAUGUAAAAAUGGCGGAAGUUGUAAGAACACACCCGGGAGUUUCACUUGUGCAUGUCAACAAGGAUUUGAAGGCAAACUAUGUGAACACGAUGUGGAUGAGUGCUCUAAGAACCCGUGUAAAAACGGGGGGACUUGUGUCAACUCGCUCGGAGGAUUCAGCUGUAAAUGUCGACAAGGAUUUAAAGGAGCUCUCUGCGAUGAAGACGUAGACGAAUGUGUCAGUUCUCCGUGUAAGAAUGGCGGAACAUGUACGAACACUCUAGGAGGUUUUACAUGUAAAUGUCACCAUGGAUUCCAAGGAAACCUCUGUGACCAAGAUAUAAACGAGUGUGCACUCAGUCAACCUUGUAAGAACGGAGGGACAUGCAUAAAUAUCGUGGGUAGCUUUGAAUGUAAAUGCAGACGGGGUUACACCGGGACAAAUUGUGAAGAAGUCCUAGAUCCAUGUCAGAGCAGCCCCUGCCAACACGGAGGAACUUGUGUGAGAAGAAUGCGUGGUUUUAAAUGUAAAUGUGUCCCAGGGUUUAUUGGCAAACUCUGUGAAAAAGAUGAAGAUGAAUGUAGAAAGAGCCCUUGCCGAAAAGGCUCCACGUGCAUUAAUAAUAUAGGGAGCUUUCAGUGCUUGUGUCCCCCCGGAAUGCAAGGGAAACUGUGUAAACAAGACGUAAACGAGUGCCGGCAGCAACUGUGUUUGAAUGGAGCCACAUGUGUUAAUACGAUUGGUGGCUUUCGCUGCAAAUGUAAGAGUGGAUUCAGCGGAAAGUUUUGCGAGAAGGAUGUGAACGAGUGUAUACUUGGCUUCAACCCUUGUAAAAAUGGGGGAACCUGUGUCAACAAACACGAUGGAUUUCAGUGUCUCUGCCCACCUGGCAUUACAGGAAUGCUUUGUGAUGUUGAUGUAAACGAGUGCAAGCAACGUCUAUGUCAAAACGGCGCUACUUGUAAGAACACGCUGGGAAGUUUCGAAUGCAAAUGUAAGAGUGGGUACAGCGGAAAAUUUUGCGAGAAAGCCACCUGCUCCAGUCGAGAUCUGUAUGACCUAGGUCUGAUCAUCGACGGCAGUAGAAGCGCUGGAAACAAUGGCUUCGUUCAAACCAAGAAGUUUCUCUUAAAACUGAUCGACCAGUUCUCUGUGAGUUCGCACAAAACACACUUUGGAGUAAUACUGUACAGUAACAAGCCCCAAUUGAUGUGCGGAUUUACAGAUAAGCCAUUUUACCACCCACUCUACCUCAAACUGGCGAUCUUGGGUAUAGAGUUCCCGGAUGGAGAGGUGAGAACUGACAAGGCACUGAAAAUGGCGGGAGAACAGUUGUUCAAGGCAGGAAAAGACAGAGAAAACAUCCCGGAUGUGCUACUCGUGAUUACUAAGGGGAGAACUGGACAAGACAGCGAGCCAUAUAAGGAUGUUCUAAAACCUCUUAAGGAUCGUGGUGUGAACAUCAUAGCUGUUGGAAUUGGAGAUCAAAUCAGCGUGGAUGAGUUGAAAGAGAUCGCCCUGGGAAAAAGUGACAACGUCGUACACGUUCAAACAAUUGGUAACCUCAGACCUGAGAAACUCAGCGAAAAGAUUCACAAGAUUUGUUAGAAUAAGUUUAUCACUGCAACGAAAAGCAACUGGCAAUAUAUGAGAACGAUUCUUUUUACUACGGGAACAUAAAAUCUUUCAAUAUGAAGAGAUUUAACUUGUUUGAUUUAAGUCUUCUUACCAUAAACAUAAACUACUUGUGAUAGUUGCAAACAUAAAAAAAAAAAAAAUAAAACAAAAGGGGGUAGCUA